CAUAUAUAGUCGGGCAAACUUUAUUCUUUUCAAGGAGCAGACUCGGUGUCCUAUAUAUAUAUACCCAAACAUGGAGAAUAAACAAAUCGACAUAUAGACAGACAGGCGGUGGACGGCGGUGGAGUUAUGGAUGAUGACGGUGGCGCUCUAGACUUCUUCCUAUGGGACAAUCAAGAAUGGGCAAUCCCCAUUUCCGAAAAACCAGAGGAAAAUCCAGGAGACCAUCAGGGAUUAGCUGGUUCGGGUGGCGGCGGCGGGUCCGAGAGCCACCAGCCUCCGCCGCCAUCUGCAGGGAGGAGGAAGAGGUGUCUGGCCGCGGCGGCGGACAAAGACGGCGACAAUGGAAGUGGAGUGUUAUUAGUGGAAUCGGAUCAUGAGGUUCAUAUAUGGACAGAAAGAGAGAGGAGAAAGAAGAUGAGGAAUAUGUUCUCCAAUCUCCAUGCUUUGCUCCCUCAACUUCCACCUAAGGCUGACAAAUCCACCAUUGUUGACGAAGCUGUGAGCUACAUCACAACCCUCCAACACACUCUCCACAAGCUCCAGAAGCGAAAGAUGGAAAUGCUCCAAUAUAGCUUCAACUUUACCUCCCCCGCCUCCGCCGCCGCCCCGUCAUCCUCUCUUUUACCCACACUACACAAAACCACCACCAUGAAGACCGCCACAACGAAUCCUCCCGCCGGCGGCCUCCUGGCUUCCCUGAUCGGAUCUCUAUCAACGCCGCCACAAAACCACUACCCCGAGCCGGCCAUCGCCCAACACCCCGCGGCGUCGUCGUUUCAGACGUGGACAUCUCCGAACGUCGUCCUCAAUGUCUGCGGUCCCGACGCUCAGAUCAGUCUCUGCUGUCCGAAGGAGGCUGCCGCUGCCGCCAGAUGCGGCGGCGGCGGCAGCCUCCUGACGGAGGUGUGCUUGGUUCUCGAGAAGCAUAAGAUAGAGGUUGUGUCUGCUCAAGUGUCGUCGGAUCGCCACCGGAGCAUGGUCAUGAUUCAAGCUCGUUCUGGGAAUAAUGGAUGGAUGUUCCACUCCGAAACCACGUCCUGCUCGGCGGCAGCAGGGGCGGAGGAGAUAUACAAACAAGCCGCCGCAGAGAUUACGGCGUGGAUAACGACCCAUGCAAGCAUGCAUGCAAUGUGAGAGCCGAGCCGUUCCGGCCGGCGGUUCACUCACUUCAAUGCAUUCUGUAAUCCGGCCGAGUUAUAGUGUUUUUUAUAGAGGAAAAAUUAAGGGAAAAAAUAGAAAGAAAUACUUGAGGAUAAAUAUUCUAAGGCCUUAUUUUUUAUUGUUUGAAGUACUUUCGUUUUAAAAUUAUGGCUAAAUUUGAUUGCUCAGUAUAUAUGUUAUUAAUAAUUCUGCGAACAAAACUUUGACAAUUAA